AUGCACAGACGCCCAGGAGAGACAGCAUUUAAAAACUUGACAAUCCCAUACGGCUGGCCCCAGCUUCCCAUGAUGGAACAGGCAGGGAUGAUCAGUCUCUCGCUUCCCAUGUCUUUUAUCUACGGAUCACGUUCAAGCAUCGACGGCCAAUCAGGAAAAGACAUUCAAGAGCUCAGACCCAACUCAUACACAGAAAUUAUAGUCAUUCAGGGUGCAGGUCACUACGUAUUUGCAGACCAAUCAGAGGAAUUUAACCAGGCUGUGAUCAAGAUAUGUAACAAUGUCAGAGAUAUAAACAAUGGAAAAGAAGACGAGAAGAAUGACAACAUGAAUGAGUCAUAAGAGAUAUCUGAAGUUACAGAAGAGAAGUGGCUUAAUAUGUCUUCUAAAGUGAAACUACAGGUGAUAGAGAAUCAUUAUUAUUAGCAAAAUUACAGUGUAAACCAGCAAAUAUGUUGGCACAUAACUUGUAUAUGACGUCACAAGAACCAAUGUGAUAAGAAGUAACUGAUGGUACUAAAAUAAUUUUAAUUUUUUUGGGUGAACCAUUCCCCUUUUCCAUUAAAAGCCAUUCUACCCAGGUGAAAAAAAUUAUAUUAAAAAUAUACUUUGAAAAAGUGUACUAAGUAUAUUUUCUAGAUUUUGUACUAUUUUCGUCAAAUCCAAGUAUAGUUAAGUGUACUCAAUUAUGUAUUAACUUCAACUUAACACCUAUUUGAUUACACUUCAAGUGUAAAUGUAACGGGAGGAGAACACUGACUGUUUGACAUCUUGUGAGGGUGGGUUAAUGUUUACCAGGUGUGCAUGUGUGUCACCAAGCUUUUGUUCGCAGGUGUGUUCAAUGUUACUGAUGAGCCAGGGGUGUAACAUGAUUGGAAGAUUCACAGAAUAUAAGCGCCAGCAUGCAUCCCUUUGGGCAGGUUUUUUCUUGGAUGAGAGGGGAACUGCAAUGAGAUAAGCUUCACCGCCGUGUGCCGAUCGAGUGGGUAUCCACGCAGUGACGACGAUCGCGAUUGACUCCGGGCAGCGAGAGGUCCACGAGAGACAAACAACGCGCGCUACUUAUUCGUGUAGAGGACUGAUUUAAAAG